GAAAAGAGAAGAAGAAGAAAAAAGGCGAGCGGGAGCCGCUGCCUGCCCGGGCUGCGGCGCGGGGGGCCGCCGCUCCGCCCAGCGCCGCCCGGGCACUUUCCGCGCUCGGGAGCAGGGAGGGGGCGGGCGCCGGCGGCGACCCUCCCCCGGGGCCGCGCUCGCCCUCCCUCCCUCCCCCCUCCCCGCUGCUGCGCGGCGCCGCGCGGGGCUGCGCUGCCCCCGGCGCUGGCGGCGCGGCGGCGGGCGGAGGCGGCGGCGCGGGGGGAGGAUUAAGUUUGUGCGCGGUGCGCGCUGCGGGCGGGCGGUGCGCGGGCGAGCGCCGCGUCUUAAGGUGGAUCUGCGGCAGCCGGAGCCCGGCGGCGGCGGCGGCGGCGGAGGAGGAGGAGGAUGCGGGCCGGGAUGCGGCGCUGAGGCGGCGCGGGGCGGUGCGCGGCUGCCGGCGGCGGCGGCGCCGGGCCGCGCCGGGCCGGGGAGCAGGAUCGACAGGGGCGUUAUGCACUCCGACUCCUGUGAUUUUGCCUGAGCUCCUGGGGGACUGCUUUGCUUUUUGAAUCAGGAAGUUACAAAAUACCACCAAGAAUGGCACUUGUGGAUAAACACAAAGUCAAGCGACAGCGACUGGACCGAAUUUGUGAAGGUAUUCGCCCGCAGAUCAUGAAUGGCCCUAUGCACCCCCGACCGCUGGUGGCUCUGCUGGACGGACGGGACUGUACGGUCGAGAUGCCAAUCUUGAAAGAUUUGGCCACCGUUGCAUUCUGUGACGCACAAUCAACUCAGGAGAUUCACGAGAAGGUAUUAAACGAAGCCGUUGGGGCGAUGAUGUACCACACCAUCACUCUGACUCGAGAAGAUCUAGAAAAGUUCAAGGCCUUACGGGUCAUUGUUCGAAUAGGCAGUGGCUACGACAACAUUGACAUCAAAGCUGCAGGGGAGCUUGGAAUUGCUGUCUGCAACAUCCCGUCGGCAGCCGUGGAGGAGACGGCGGAUUCCACCAUCUGCCACGUCCUCAACCUCUACAGACGAAACACCUGGCUCUACCAGGCGCUGCGGGAAGGCACCCGGGUGCAGAGCGUGGAGCAGAUACGGGAGGUGGCCUCGGGAGCAGCCCGCAUCAGGGGAGAAACCCUUGGCCUCAUUGGGUUUGGUCGCACCGCGCAGGCGGUGGCGGUCCGGGCCAAGGCGUUUGGCUUCAACGUGAUAUUUUACGACCCGUACCUGCAGGACGGGAUAGAGCGGUCGCUGGGGGUGCAGCGGGUCUACACGCUGCAGGACCUGCUCUACCAGAGCGACUGCGUCUCCUUGCACUGCAACCUCAACGAGCAUAACCACCACCUGAUCAACGACUUCACGAUUAAGCAGAUGAGGCAGGGCGCCUUCCUGGUGAACACGGCGCGCGGCGGGCUGGUGGACGAGAAGGCCUUAACCCAAGCGCUGAAGGAGGGGCGGAUACGAGGGGCGGCGCUGGACGUGCACGAGUCGGAGCCGUUCAGUUUUGCUCAAGGCCCGUUGAAAGACGCUCCUAACUUAAUUUGUACUCCGCACACGGCUUGGUACAGCGAGCAGGCGUCGCUCGAGAUGCGAGAGGCUGCUGCUACGGAGAUCCGGCGUGCCAUCACAGGUCGCAUCCCGGAGAGCCUGAGGAACUGCGUGAACAAGGAGUUCUUUGUCACGACGGCGCCGUGGUCAGUGCUAGAUCAGCAAGCGAUUCAUCCGGAGCUCAAUGGUGCCACAUACAGGUAUCCGCCUGGCAUGGUCAGCGUUGCCCCGGGAGGAAUACCAGCAGCGAUGGAGGGCAUCAUUCCCGGAGGCAUCCCUGUUACUCACAAUCUUCCAACAGUGGCACAUCCUUCCCAAGCUCCAUCGCCUAACCAGCCCACAAAACAUGGGGACAACAGGGAACAUCCCAACGAGCAAUAGCAGAUAAUUUAAAAAACAAAAAACAGAAAAAACAACAAAAAAAAUUCAUUCAAUAAACUUGGGACCAAGAGACAUUGGAAAAGAACUUAUACAUGAACUUAAAAAAAAAUUUGAUACAAAAUUUGUAAUGUUGAUUUUGGACAGAUGCAUCAUUGAUGUUCCAGUGUUAACGACAAAGUGAUAGCAGUCAAGACUGGGGAGAAGCCCUAAAGAAGUCAUCUGCUUGCUGAAGCGCUGAAAACUAGGAUGUGAUACAUUAAUGAUCAACUUCUGUUAUUGUGUGUUAAGUUUCCUUCAUCUGUGCAUCAAUCACAUGAAUAAAAAAUAGAUUUUUUUCCCUCAAUUCCUUGGGAAGAACAGGGCUUCUGCACCUGUUUUCAAAUAAUUGCAUUAAGCAAUCCUUACAGAGUUAACUUAGAAAUUUAAGAGGAAACCAUUAUGUGGCUUCAGCCCUUUCCUUACUCUUGUAUCUGGUUACCUCUUCUAACAAGAGGCAUCAAUACUGGCUUAGAAAUGGAAGAAGAAAACUUUUUUUUUUUUUUUGCACUCUCAUAGGGCCAGUGACAUGUAGCAGCAGCUCUCCUGAUCGGUUAAGGUAGAGCCGUUGCAGCCAGGAACCUCAGAGCAGGGAGACGGCUCCUGGCAUCAGCCAUCACCCUCCCCAACUAGGAGACAAACUGCCAGUCUCUCCUCUGCCCAAUACACCGAAUAAAAGUAGCUGUGCAUGCACUUAUGCCCUCCUAUGAUGCAAGGAAAAAAAAAAGAAAGAAAAAAAAAAGAGUAUUACAUUUCACACUAUUUGUACUCAGAUAUAUUUUCUCAGUUUUAAAUCUGCAGCUAUUUUAUCAAGUGGAAAAAGUCUUGAGCUGGAAAGGGUUCAAGAAUAAUGUUGCAUUUCCUUAUGUCUCAGGAAACACUUUUUAUGGUAACUUGUCAGACUGUCUAUGAACAAAACCCACUUUUUUAGACAUUGAUAAAGUCUUCUUUUCUUCACGUGAUAUUUUAUACAAGAACACUUCAAAAUGUGUUAUUAGAUGUGACUGAUUUUAACAAAUCCUAUUAGAUUUGUAUCAACUAGUUACAUGUUAUAUUCAUAGUCUUUUGUGAAUCAUCGCCUUUUUGUUUUUAAAAAGAUGGCCUAUUUUGAGCCUUUGUAUGGGUACAUUCCUGUUUCUGUGACAAAAAAAAAAAAAAACUUAAGCUGUCCCAAACAGAAAAAACACAAUGGCUAUCAGAAGUAUGUUUUGUUUUAGUGUGUUACCGUUAUUGUAUUUGUUUAUUGUAAAGGUGGACAUUUAGCGUUCAGUGCAGUUUUCAAUAAAAAGUGAUAAAAUUUCUAUAA